AAUGCAAAGCAUGGUGGGUGUGGACCAUGCGUAAGCUCUGGCUUGUGGGUGUGUGAGUAAGAGCCGGCGAGCGAGCAUGUGCACACGUCAAUAUGUGUGAGGAAUCCCUCCCCCCAACCCCCAACCAGCCGGUGCCUGCAACAUGAGGUCAGCGAGCUAGUGCUGGAAGAGGAGAGACUGAAGAGGAACGGGAGAGGGAAUGCGCUGAGAGAGGAUCUCAGGAGGAGGAAUAUGCCGAGCAGAGGAAGCGCAGCCCAUCCAUGGCAGCCAUGCUGAGUCCUAAGAUCAGACAGACCAGGAGAGCCAGGUCCAAGAGUAUGGUGAUGGGAGAGGCAACCCGUGGCCCUUGUCGGCCCACCUCACCAGGCCUCCAAGAGGGGGCACUGAAGGCUGGCUGGCUAAAAAAGCAAAGGAGCAUUAUGAAGAACUGGCAACUCCGCUGGUUUGUGUUGCGUGCUGACCACCUCUACUUCUACAAGGAUGAGGAAGAAACCAAACCCCAGGGCUGCAUCUCAUUGAAGGGAAGCCAAGUCAAUGAGCUGACAGCCAACCCAGAAGAGCCAGGUCGACACCUUUUUGAGAUUGUGCCAGCUGGUGAGAAAGACAAGGCUGCGAUAAGCCAUGAGUCCUUUCUACUUAUGGCAAACUCCCAGAGUGAUAUGGAUGACUGGGUGAAGGCCAUUAGAAGGGUCAUAUGGGCUCCGUUUGGAGGAGGAAUAUUUGGGCAGCGAUUGGAGGACACUGUCCAGUAUGAAAGAAAAUUUGGUCCUCGCCUCGCCCCACUUAUAGUCGAGCAGUGUGUGGAUUUCAUCAGGGAGCAGGGACUUGAUGAAGAAGGCCUUUUCCGGAUGCCAGGCCAAGCCAAUCUAGUGAAGGAUCUUCAGGAAGCUUUUGAUUGUGGAGAUAAACCUCAGUUUGACAGCAACACUGAUGUCCACACGGUGGCUUCCCUGCUAAAGCUGUACCUCAGAGAGCUGCCCGAACCGGUCAUUCCCUUCUCUAAAUACGAGGACUUCCUUACUUGUGCUGAGCUUCUGGCCAAAGAUGAAGAGGAGGGAAUACAAGAAUUAGGGAAGCUGGUAAGGACUCUUCCAGCUUCCAAUUACAACCUUCUGAAAUACAUAUGCAAAUUUCUGGAUGAAGUGCAGUCUCACUCCCAUGAAAACAAAAUGGGUGUGCAGAACUUGGCCACUGUGUUUGGACCAAAUAUCCUUCGUCCUAAAAUUGAGGACCCUGUAACUAUCAUGGAAGGAACUUCCCUCGUGCAGCAUCUUAUGACAGUUCUUAUUAGUAAGCAUGAUCAUCUAUAUAUUGAAAAAGAAGACUCAGAAACAUCUCAGUGCCAGACAGAAGGAAGAUUACAAGUCCAGCAACAUCAGCAAUCCAACCUGGUUGACUGGAUCUCAGAGGAGGACCUCCAUACCUGCCCACCCCCAGGGAAGAAUGCUAGUCCCAGUGACAACCCAACCAACAGUAGUGCCUCAUCUGCAGAUGCCUCGCAGGUGGCUGUCACCUCAAAAUCCAUUCCUCAGGGAAAAGGAGACACAGCUGUCAGUCCUAGUAAGCAAGCCAAGACACUGCCUGGGUGGAAGUACACCUUCAAAGGUCCCUCUCCACGUCCACAGUCCGCCAAAGUUGGUGGCUCCACAGUAGACGUGUCUACCGCCUCCAGUGGGAACUGGCUUAUGAAUGGGCUCUCCUCACUUCGGGGACACAGAAGGACCUCGUCCGGAGAACGUUCCAGAGAUUCGGGUUCCUCUCAGAGAUUGUCUACCUAUGACAAUGUCACGUCUUCAUCGAGUCUGGGUAGUGUCUUGAGUAUAGACAGCACGCCGUGGUCGAGCUCAUCUUGUGAGAUAUCUGUCCCAGACUCAGCGAGUGACCCGUUGGGAAUGGACUCCAGGGCGGAAGACAGGGUGCAGCCAGAACUAAGUACUCAAGAAACGCAGUCUGAGAAAGACGUAAAGUUCAAUGACCAAGAAGACAAUAGCGCUGCUGUGGAAAACUGCGCAGGGGGUCUGCUCUGCAAUGAAAAUGGGAACGUGGCACCAGUUAUUAGGGUUGUGGAUGAAGACUUUGAGGAAAGCCACUCGUCUUUGGCCAGCGAGGUGGCGGAGCUGAAAGAAGAACUGAGAAAGCAGAAACAGGCUUAUGAAUCGAGAAUUAAAAAGUUGGAAGAGUCAAGUGCAGCUAUGUGCGCUCAGAUGGAGAGACUUGAGCAAGAGAUGGAGCAGGAGAGGAAAAGAAAAAAAAUGCUCGAGAUCAAACUGAGAAACUCUGAACGGGCCCGUGAGGAUGCAGAGAAUCGUAAUCACCUCCUUGAAAAAGAAAUGGAAGAUUUCUUCUCCACACUAGGGGACAUGGCUCUUGGAAGCCGUACCAGUGACAUUUAAUGCAAAAAUAAAACUUAUAACAAGGACUUAUUUAUUAUUUUUUCGUUGCAUCAGUGGCCCUCAGACAUCAUGAUAAAUAAUGAUGGCUUUCCUUGCCAAAUUUGUUCUUUUUGGAUAUUUAAUAAAGACCAGUUAUGUUUUUGAGGGCAUUGUGCAAAGCUGUUUCCCUCAUGCCAGAAGUGUAGCAUUUAUUAGUGUCUGUGUCCACUAUUUUUUGUAUGUUCAUGGCCUACAAAACCAUUUUCUGGGGACAAUAAGAUCAAGUCUGUUUUGGCACAAUUAUUAGACCAUGAACAGUGGGACAUUUGUUGAGAUCUCAUUUUAGAAAAUGUAAUAUUGCAAAUGUGGCUAAAAUGCUUGCAUAUUGAGUGACAUAUACUGUAGGAUUGUCAAAGUGACCUGUAAGUGUCACUUAUGGAUAAAUGUGACUUGUCAGAUCUAUUUGAUUUGAUUUAUUUAAUGCGGUACAAGUGUAUAUUAGAAAGUGUAGAAAUGCUCUGUGGAUGUCUCUUAAAAGUUUGUUGUCAAAAACUGUGAUAGGUUUUGUAGCCUCGGCUCAUUCUUUAAGUAACUCUUCUGACUGCUUAUAGCUCAAAUGAUAUAAUAGCAUGAUGGUUGCAGACUCAUGGUUAACCUUCCAGGCUGCUAAAGUUUCAGGUUCAAUCUCAAGAAGAAACGACCCAAAAACUGGAUAUCACCAUUGUGCCCUCUUGCUAAAUCCUUUUCGCUGCUCAAGUUUCUUUCAGUUAACAAUCCACUUUUGAUAUUAAUAUUGUUUAUUUGUAGAAUAACUGCUUUUACAAAAGACUUUAUGCCUAUUUAGAGGAUGUGAAAAUGUUAUACAUCAUUAUGAUAGGACUGUUGUACAGCGGAUCAUAAAUGAUGAUUAGACGUAUGUGCUGUGUUACCAAGUGUCACUGUGGUGCUAUGUUAUUAUUCACAAAAACUUAAAUUAAA